AUGUCUCACCUCGAAGCCGCAAAUCUGUAUAAUGUCAAGGGCCUGGUAACCGUCAUAACCGGCGGCGGAAGCGGUCUCGGCCGUACAAUGGCGCUGACCCUCGCGACAAAUGGCGCUUCCAAGGUGUUCAUCGUCGGCCGACGCGAAGAUAGUCUACGGGAAACCGUUUCCCUCGGCCCAGCCAACGCGAAAGACAUCAUAAUUCCGGUCCCCGGCGAUGUUUCCUCGCAAGAAUCUCUCCAGUCUGUAUACGAGACAAUCGCGGCCCAAGUAGGGCAUGUUGACCUCCUAGUCGUCAAUUCUGGCAUUCUCGGUCCUCCCGCAAGGGUCAACCCCAACGCCGACGGGUCAAAUCCCUCCAUCUCCGAACUGAAAGACUAUCUAUGGAGUAUACCGAUGGCGGAAUUUACGAGGGUGUUUGAAGUGAACACAACAGGGGCAUACUAUACGGCCAUCGCGUUCCUGCCGCUGUUGGAUGCUGCCAAUAAGCGUCGUCCGGCGCCGGAGAAAAACAGGAUCUCUGCGCCAUUGUCCCAGAUUGUCAUGACAUCGAGUAUUGCGGGCUAUUCGAGACGCGUUCCAUUUGACUUGGCGUACAACCUUUCCAAGGGGGCUGUGAAUCACCUGGUGAAGAUUCUCUCGACAACGUUAACGGAAUACAAUAUCCGGGUUAAUGGGAUUGCGCCGGGGUUGUACUACUCUGAAAUGUCAGCAGGCGACAACUUCAAUGGUGAUGACAAGGGGGUGUCGGACGGGUCAUUCCCAACAACUAAGAUUCCGAUGACGAGAGCUGGUGGAGAGGAAGAUAUUGCUGGCUUGAUACUUUGGAUGGCUGGGGCUUCGGGAGGCUAUCUUAAUGGGAAUAUUACGGUGACUGAUGGGGGACGGUUGAGCAUUUUGCAAUCUUCUUAUUAG